AUGAAGUUCUCCGUUGCUUUCCUGACGGCAGCGCUCGCCACCUCAGCGGUUGCAGCUCCUUGGACGCUCGCCGACCGGAUAAAAGCCCGCGCAGAAGGCAGACAACUCCAUCAUUCCAACCCUUCCAAGGCAUUUGGAGCCAGUGAAGAACGGACAUUCAGCGCCCAGAGCGAUGAAACCAACAACACAGUCCACCGCCCCCCAUCCUCUCCUCCACCCCUAUCACAACACUCUCUUGAAGACAAAUCGUAA